UUGCAGUCUACAGUCCAUGUAUUUGGGACGGGCAAUGUUGCGACUAUGCCUAGAUUUUAUUCAAAGAUUGAUAUUGGAUACCUAAUUUAUUUACAUUUAUUGUUGUUUUUUCUGUGAAAAGCGCGUUUUCCAGACCAAUCAAUUACUUUGAGAUGGUCAAGGCUGCCAGAAGCUCGUAUUUCAUCUUGAGCCCUAUACAAUCCGUUAUUUCACCCAAAUUUUGCUGUUUUAUUUUGAUUUGGCCUCUGAGCUUCAUGUCCAUAUAAUUGAGCAUUGAUUUCUUGCUUAGUAAAAAUAUGAAUAGCAUUUCUAAUAAACCUCACUAGGAUUGUUUGUGAGUAGAAAUUCAAAUUUUAGGCAAAUUCUUCAAUAUGAAUCAUGUUCUGUGUAAAUGACUUGCCUGAUUAAAAGCUAUAAUUCGUGUGUCUACCGUACUUCAAUUUAUUUAAUCAUAUAUUAUAAUAUAUCCAGUAAUGAUUACUAGAUGUUGUAAAUUUGCGUAGUUCAUUUGAAUGUGGAGCAAUGUAUUACAAGUGUUUCCUUUUUUUGUCAACUUGAUUUGCUGAAUGAGUUUAAUGUUCUUCUCUUUUUAAUUCAAAGAGUAAAUUGUAUGUUUUCUUCAGAUAAACGAUAACAAAAUGCUACAAAAAUACAGUCUCAAUUUAGCGAAUCGAAUAUGCAAGAAUUCAAAGAUUUCAGCUUUUUCUGUAAUUUUACGACAGUAUGAAUCAACGUUUGUUGCUCCUGAACGACCGACGUUAAAAUCUCGUACAGAUGCAUCAAAACGAGCUUCCGUGGAAGGGAGGGAAGACCCAGAAAUUUUUUCACCUGAAUACGUCCCUCGACAAGUUUUACCAGAAUGGCAUAGAAAUAACUUAAAAUACAGGUUGGAAAGAAUGGAUUGUCUGCGCAGAAGACAAAAUAUUGAUAUACCGGAGUUCUAUCCUGGUUCGAUUGUCAGAGUUACCAUGGCUGAUCAAUAUGCCCAAGAAAAAGUUUCAAAGUUUGCUGGAAGGGUGUUAUAUCGAGAUGGUUUUGGAAUGGACUGUCAUUUUUGUUUGCGUAAUAUUCUUGACGGGGAAGCGGUUGAGAUUAUAUAUCAACUUUACAGUCCCAUAAUCCAAAAAAUCGAAGUUUUACGAUUAGAAAAAUGGAUUGAUACUGACUUACGGUAUUUACGAGACGCUAGUGACAGUUCCAUUUGUACAAUCGACCUCGAUAUGAUUCCGGAAGCGAUUUUACCGCCCUCUGAAAAGUUACCUGUUUUUGAAAAGAAAAUUAAAAUGAGACCGUGGAAAAGAUGGAAUUGGAAGUACCAUAGAUCAUGGCCGCAGCCGCAAAAUGCUUAUUUGAAUGAACAUUUUGUUGAGGAGGAACUCAUAAUGAAUGAAAAAUAUAUCGAUCUGCAUUCCUGGCGGAAAUUCGAUAUUUGUCGUCACCAUGAUUUUAUCCAGGAAAAGAAGGAUAUAAUGGAAGAAAUGAAAGUAAAUAAACUAAGAAUAAGGGGGAGGAGAAAAAGGGGAAAUACCCGAUAAAAGCCCGGAAAAAUCUUCAUUUGGCAGUAACUUGAGAUAUACAUGGAUACCUAUGUUAUCGAAGAUUGCAACUGUUGGUAUAGAAUUGAUCUCAUAACAUUCAGUUAAGAUGAGACAGGGAUGGCCAAUUUAUAAAUACCUUUCAAAAAUACUUUUAAUAAAAAAGUUUCGAAUAUGUUGUAAAAUUUGGGAUCCAAAUAAAGUACGGUAAGAUGGAGAUGGAGAACAUUUUGUUUGGAUUUUUCUAUUUUUUGUAGUUAGAAUCUUUGUGCACGACCAUCAAAUGUCAAACAACCGAUCGAAUAUAAUUAUUCCUGGAUUAUGGAUUUGACUAUAUCGAAUAUCAUUUAUUCAAAAUGUAUUAUACUUGUUUUGGGCAUUGCUCAACCAAAUAAAAUGCAAAGUUUGAGCUAGAA